UUAACUAGCCUUAUAUCAAAAGGAGAACACAUCGAAAAAUGCGGUACGAUCUCCAAACAGCGAAACAGCGCCAUUCGACUUCUUCAUUCGAUGAAUCCUGAUUGUGUAACAGAGAUUAUCUCUCAAUGCGUAAAUUUGAAGAAAUUGCCUAUGCUCAUGGUGUCAUUGGUCGUCGACUGCUGCAGUUUCAGAACAUUGGCCACGCUCUUGAGCAGUAUUUUGCUAGACGAAAAGUUUUACGGUCGCUCAUGGUUCACUCGAUUUGUUCAUGCGUCGCAGAAGGCGUCGGCUGACGAGAUGUUACGCGACACCCUUAUGAAUCUGAAGGCCAGAAUAAAUAGCGAAAUCAAGACGUUGUUAGUGAAAUGCCGUGCUUCGCACGACGAAACUUUGACAUGUUAUGACGCUCAGCAAAGUGCUGACGUUAUUCGACUGUGUUUUCAGCUAAAGUAUACCGGCGGUUGGCGAUUCAGCGAAGAAGAACUGAAGUUCAUAGUUCAUCUGAUAUGCAGCAAAGUCGUUUACAGUGCUGCCGGCACCCAGUACAUAUGUGUUUCAUUGGUGUCACUGGUUGCCCUUUCUUCUAUCGUGCCUAACACCGGCUUCGACGAGCUGAUGCUCAUGUUAGCCGUCAACUUGUACACGGGUCAAAUCCAACGGUUACAAAGACUGGCAUCUUCAGUGCUCAGUUUGAAGAUUUCACUGCAUUCCAGCAACUUGAACACUAUGAAAAACUUCCUCAUCGACAGAAUCUUCAGUGAUUCGCGCUGGAUUUUCGACCAAUUAACUGAGUGCACCACUCCUGUUCACAAAGAUAUUCCUUCGUUGAUCCAAGUGUAUGCCGACAGUUGUUUUCAUCAGUAUCAGAAAUCGUCCAUUGAAUAUCCGUCAACCGAUGGGCCGCUUGCUGAAGAAAAUAUAAAAAGUUUGUUUUUGACAGACGUCUUUCGAGAGACUGAGAUCACAUGUCGCAUACUUUUCCUUUAUUAUCUUCUGUACUACCAAGAACUACUUUUCAAGAAUUUGCCUGCUAUAGCAGCUUCCAACAGUUCUGCGCUCGUCACUGAGUACUCUCACAACCUUUUCAGUGUUAUUCCGGUGUUCUACCUCGUGACCUACGUCGACAAGCAUGCGGUCGAUUACUCGGUGCUUCAUGCAUCGUUGAUGGGGUUGGCAAAAACUCGUUAUCCGUACUUUUUCUCAACGCAUUGUAGCUCAUUUUACGAGUUUUUGUCCGAUUCCGAUACCACCGCGGUUGAUCUGCCCAAAAAACACGAGGUUUCCUGCUCCUUGAAACGUGCCAGCAGCCAUUCAGCUUACUGUAUUUUGAUGCUCAAGAAACUGCUCACUCUGCCGCUUCCGCUUCUGGUGCCGUACUUGGAUACAAUUACGUCCAGUCUCCUGUGCCUCUUGAAACCGUCUGUGCCACGCAAAGUGUUAAUGUUGGUGGCUGCCAUCUGGGACCGCCUCGAAUUCAUGUCUCCAUGGCAACUCUACUGUUCCACCAUGUGGUUCCUUCUCGACGCCGACUGUCGUAAAUCUCGUUCAUCUCAGGCGAUGGUAGAUCACAAAGAGCUACGCGAAGAUAUCUUGCUGAUUCUGCGUUGCGACCGACGUGUUUACCGCUGCCCAAUCGUGUUACAGAUGGUUUUGCGAAUUUUGCACUGUUACAUGUUCGAGAGUCGGUUUUAUUACGAAUCGGCUUUUAAAGCGGUCCCUCCGCAGCCAUAUCCGAUCGACGUUGAGGCCACCAACAGUACCGCAUUUCCGACGAUGAACGAAGUGGAGCGUAACAAUUUUAUGCUGAGUUUGAUCUCCUCACAGGAAUCGUCUGCGGUGCUUAUUCUUCUGGAAAUCUGUUUACCGAAUACGCGUGAACGAAAGAGAAGCGGACCGUUUAACGUACUGAGCGAAAUUCGUGACACUGUCUGUUCAUUUCUGCAUUCGUUAUUUAUAUCCGACCCGUUGCUGAUCAAGUUGAUCCAUUUCCAGGGCUAUUCCGAUGAGCUAAUUCCAAUGACCGUGUCAAGAAUACCUUCGAUGCAUAUUUGCUUGGAUUUCAUUCCUGAACUCUUCGCUCAUGGCGAUCGACAAAAAUUGAUAUUUGCCAUGAAACUUUUGUCCACCUUGUGCAAACAGUACGCGGUUCCGAAAGCGUUUGCUUGCGCCAACUUGGCUGUCGACGUACUGUCUACCCUCAUUCAAGUGCUUCCAAGUGCUGAAGUUGUGCAGCUGUUCCACGAAAUCUUGCCAUCAUGCUUCGACUUUUCUCGCAGUUUCCCGCCCCUAGCAGAUGAAAUCGCUUUGCUAUUGGUGGAUGUUAGAAAACUGGUGUCGGCUAGGAUCAGUUGUCAGAAAUUGAUUGUACCGUCAAUAGAUACGUCCUCGCCGUCGUCGGCUGAUGUCAGAUCAUUACUCAAGUUGCAGUCGAAGGAAGCUUCUCUUUUACUGAGGUUGAAAAGAGGCUUCGAAGAAAACCUUUGCCAUUCCUUGACGAAAAUCGCCUCAUGA